AUGUGCUGUCAUGCUCAGAGUUUACCAGAUGAGAGUGAACUCCAGAAACCUGUGAAGUCAGCUGAAGUCCUUGAACAUUUGGGAUAUAAUGAAGCAGUUGAAUCGAGAGAGAAAAACACGCCUCCUGAAAGCUUGAUGGAUGUGGAGUAUUUGCAAAAAGAUAACUCUUGCAGUAAAUGUAAAUGUACAGAAAAUAAAUUAGAAAGUCACAAAGGAGAAUUUGAAGCAGACACAUAUGAUGGAAUCAAAGCUGCUAGAGCAUUCAAGCAAUUUUUAAAUUUCAGUGGUCAAGAGAGUGGCAUUAGAGAUAACAGAGAUAAUAAGCUACAUACAGUGCAAGAGAGUAUAGUGGGUUUUGCUGAGAACUGGGUGAGUGUGAAUGAUGAUCCUGUUGAAAUGUUAAAUCAACAAAUUGUUAAUGGAGUCACCCAGAAAACAGAAGGAGUAUCAGAGAAGUUAUCUGAACUGCAAGCAGUGCCUAAAAACAAAGUAAAAGAUUUUUCAAGAAAGGCAAGGAGCAGUGUUCCAAAAAAGGAAGAAUUUGGGAUGCAGUCAGAAACUGAUUUUACGCUGACAACAAAGAAAGAUGAAGUUAUUCCAAAAACUGGGAAGCAUGCCCUGGAUAUCAGCCCUUACGAGCAGCAACAUUUUUCAGCAAGAACACUUUUUGAAUGUCAGCAUAGAGAACAUUGCCUUUCAGAAAGCAGUAACCACAAUACCUUACACUCUGAAGACAAUCAAGCGUAUGAUGAAGAAUGUGACUCUUUAUCAGCUGUGAGGUAUGCAGUUCCUGUAGAGAAAGUUGCAUCCUCUUUCAGAGAACUGGCGGUGUACAAUGGAAAUGAAAAUGUAAUGAAGCUAAGUUUACGCUCUGGGAGCAAUCCAGGUGUUUCUGAUAGUGAUGAAAAGGAUACAAAGAAAGUGCAUGGAACAUCUCUGGAUGAAAGCUGCUACUUAACAGAAAUUAAAAUCCGAGGAAAAUCAAAUGUAAAUCCAAAUAAAGCCAAGAGUAGAGUUCAAGGAAUUUUGGAUAUUUCUUCUGGAAACAUAGAGAAUCAGCAUACGGCAGAAGUCUCUGAAUCACAUACAUUAGAUUUUGAAAUGCCACCAGUGCAGAGUGAUCCUAGUUUAAGUAUAGAAUUAUUGGGAAAUGCAGGUGACCGAAAUGAUAAAAUAGUCCUCUCGGAAUUCGUUUCUGGAGGAGAGAAUUAUUUUCGAUUUUCAGAACAUGGACUAGGAAAAAAGCUUUUGAGUCAUGAUGAGAAAUUAAGUGACAAGGAAAUGUUGCAGAGAAAAAUUUAUGGUUUAGACAACAUAAAUAUAAGUGAGAACAAGCUGAGUGGAGAGAACAAUUUAGAACAGGGUGAGAAAUAUCAAGAUUUAUUGCUAGUUGGAGAAAUGGAAAGUAAAGAUAAAGGUCAUAGCACAAACAUACUUGGAAAAACCGGUAAACUGCAGAAAACAAUUCGAACUUAUUUUAUUCUUUUACAGAUUUUAAAGAAUAAGGAAGCAUCAGUGCGUGAAGCAUAUUCAGAUCUAAUGGCACAGCAAAAUAGCACCAUUGAUGAGAACAGAAAACUCAUAGGAAAGAUUAAAACACUUGAGGACAUGUUGGAGGAUAUGAAGAAACAGAAGUUCCAAGUGGAACAGGAACUCCCUAAAGUGAGGGAAGCUGCAGAAAAUGAGCGGAAGAAACUGCAAAAGGACAUGGAAGAGAUCUGUCUUCAGAAAACCAAAGCUGAGCAAGAGGCAAAGCAGUUGCAUAUAGAUCUAGAGAGCCUUGAGAAAGAGAAAGCAGAGGCAAAGCAGGAGUUGGAGCAUGUGAGGCAGCUCAUUUCUCAGGCAGAGACUCAAAGAAGUAUACUGGAAGAAAACCUCCGGGCUUUUCGAAAUCAAAUAGAAGAAAGCACCUUUACUAGAAGAAACCUUGAAGAGCAUCUAAGAAGAAAAGAUACAAAUCUUCAUGACUUAGAGCAACAAAAAAAAUCCUUAAUGCAGGAGCUGAAGAAAAAAACAGAAGGAGAAGAGAAACUUAUGAAAAUAAUAAAGCAAAUGGAACAAAAUCUUGAAUUUAAAGGACAUUUAUCAGAAAUAAAAUUGCAAGAAAAAGAGAAGACUGAAGCCAGAAGGAAGGUUGUUGAAGGCAGACACUCUAUAACUAGAGAGAGUGUCCUGCCUACUUACACAGCUGGGCAAGGCAGCCAGUGUAGGACUGAUUCUGAAGUUACAGGUUUCCAGAAGAAACAAGAAGCAAAAAAAGUAGAAGAGCUUAAACAGAAGGUAGAUGAGCUAACUCUUACCAACAGAAAAGCUGAUAAAACUAUUAAAGACCUGAAAUAUGAACUGAAUGCAAUUGAGCUUCAAAAAUCAUCAGCAGAAGAAAAGUCUCGUUUACUAAAAGAAAAAUUAGAUGAAGCCAACAAUGCACUUAAGUGCCUAAAAAUUAAGUUGGAGGAAAAAGACCAAGUAGAGCAGGGAUAUUUGCAACAGUUGAAAGAAUUGGAAAAGCAGCUACACAGAACAACAGAUAAAGCUGAUGAGGUGAUGCAAGAAGCUAUAGAUCUUAAGAAAGUUAAGAUGAACUAUCAGGAGGAGCUGAAAUCUGUCCAGCAAGAAAAGACACAACUGAAAAGAGAAGUAGAAGAAUUAACUAGAUCACAGACAAAAGCUGAAAUCACUAUAAAACAGUUAAAUUCACAAAUCUGCUCACUUCAAAAAGAAAAGGUGGCAGCUGAAUAUAGAACACAGUCAUGCAAAGGAGAAGCAAGCAAUCUUCAAGAUCAAUAUCAGAAAAUUCAGGAACAAUUGCUUCAAAAAACAAAAGUAGAGAAGGAAAACUUAGAGGAAAUUCACAUGUUGAAAGGUGAAUUAGCCAAAAGCAUUCAGGCAUCAGAAACAUUGAAACAAAAGAUAGAGGAGCUUAAUAAAUGGAAUACUGACACAAAACUACUCAUGAAACAAAUUCAGUCUGAAUCAGAGAAGAUAACUCUGGAAAAGCAAAGUAUUCAAAGGAAAAACGAUGCAUUGAAAGCACUAGCAGAUGGUUUCAAAGAGCAACUGCGUACGACAAAUGAACAAUUGCACAAGCAAACAAUAAUUGAGCAAGAAUUCAUAUGUAAAGUCAAAAGCCUAGAAGAUGAGCUAGCAAAAACAAAAGGGUUAGUCAGUGAAUAUAAACAAAAUUAUGAUAAACAGAGUGCUUCCACCGUAACUAUAAACCUAGAGGUUAAAAAUCUAAAUGCACAAGUGAAUGCUCUAACUACGGAAAAGAGUAUGAAUGAGCAGAAAAUACGACUGCAACAAGCUCAUGUUCAAGAGCUAACUGAUAAACUAAAAAAAUUACAGGAUGAACUCCACCAGAAGACUCUAGAUGAACAAAUGGCACGUAAAAAGAUGGUUCUAUUUCAGGAAGAAUCCAUUAAGUUUAAACACUCUGCAGAGGAAUUUAGGAAAAAAGUUGAAAAAUUACUAGAAUCCCAUAGCAUCACAGAGAACAUCAUAUUGUACAAGAUGCAAAUUGAAGAUCUGCAAGAAAGGCUUAAAAAAUGUCGUGAGCAACUACAGCAGGGGAAGCAUGCUGAAAUGGACUAUCACCAGAAAUGCAGGAAACUUGAGGAAGAAUUGGAAGUUCAGAAGCGCAUGGUUGAGAACUUGAAACAGAAGAUGGACCUGCAGACCAGGGAGAGCAAACACAGAUUUCUUUUGUUUCAGAAUGAAAUUCAGCAACAUAAUAAUAUCAAAGAUUCUGGAUUUAAAUUGAGCUGUGAGAGAAGAGGAAAUGAUUUCAAUUAUGUGAAUGACACCUCGGCUAGAGAUUUUGAACAACUCCAUGCCCAUGCAAAACCUAGCUCACCUUUGUUAAGGCAGAAACAAGAGAGAUCAGGUUUUAAAUCUGGUCAAACAGAGGAAAAGACACUAUAUGUGAGUGCUGAUGAUACAGUACCAAGAGAGGUCCAGUUCCAGUUGUCAAGAAUAAACCAAUCAUUAGAAGAAGAUGCAAGCCCACAAUCUUUUACAGAGUUUAUUUCUCAGAGAAGUACACAGCUCCAGAUAACAUUUGAUAAAGAAAGCCAAAUUACUGGAGUAUCAGAAAUAGACAGAUUAAGAGACAUGAACCUACAUAGUUCCAGACAAACUAUUAGAUGUGGAGAAGAUAUGAAGCAUGAAUUAGGAUUAGUAAAACUGCAUCCCUUGGAGAUAGUGAAGAACAAGCAGUAUGACAUGCAUGUUGAAGUUACAACAUUAAAGCAAGAAAAUGACAAGACUUUUGGUAAUGAAGAGAGAAUGUUUGAGGGAUGCAAAACAUCUGAAGGGUUUAGGAGAGAAGACUUUGCAAGGAUGAGUUCUUUCUUAGGGGAAGAAAUUCUGAAAACUGUUGAUGAUGCUACUCAGUUGGAAUAUUUUAUGGGAGAAUAUGGUGAUAUUAAAUUUCAAGGUCUCAGACAUGAUGUAACUGCCAAACAGUUAACUGAAGUUAAACUUCUAGACAGGCUCACAGUUGAGCAGCUCCAUUCAGGUCAGAAAACUGUUCAUGAGGUUCAGAAAAGUCUGGAAAAUUUUUUAACUAAACCUACAGCUAUAGCUGGGCUGUACCUUGAAUCCAGCAAAGAAAUACUCUCUUUUGCUUUAGCAGCAAAGAGAAGAAUCAUAGGAAAAGCAUUAGCAUUAGCAUUUUUAGAAGCCCAAGCAGCUACUGGUUUCAUCAUUGAUCCCACAACAGGUCAGAAAUUCUCUGUUGAUGAUUCAGUUGUUAGAGGGCUUGCAGAUAAUGAAUUCAAGAGUAGACUGCUUGAGGCAGAAAAGGCUGUUUUGGGAUAUUACUGUUCCGGUAAAGUAAUAUCCGUGUAUCAGGCUAUGGAAGCUAGACUCUUAGAAAGACAAAAAGGUAAAAAUAUCCUUGAAGCCCAAAUUGCAAGUGGGGGAGUCAUUGAUCCUGUAAGAAGUGUUCGUGUACCUCCAGAAACUGCAGUGCAGCUUGGCUUGAUUAGUAACACAAUUUUAAAAUUUUUGCAUGAACCUUCUAGUAAUGCAAAAUGUUUUCACAAUCCAAAUGAUAGGAAAGCUAUGUAUUACUAUGAUUUGCUGAAAAUGUGUGUGUUCAGUGUAAACAGUAAAUGCUUUCUGCUUCCAGUUGGGGAAAGGAAAAUAAGCAGCCCAUCAGCAGAGAAAAGUCAUAAAAUUUCUGUAGUAGACAUCAGAACAGGAGCUGAAAUGACUUCAUAUGAGGCUUACCAAAAAAACUAUGUUGAUAAAACUACAUAUCUUGAACUUUCAAAACAGGAAUUUGAUUGGAAGGAGUCUACAUGUUUUGAUUCCUAUGGGAAUUCUUUUCUUUUGCUUACAGAUCUUAAAACUGGUGUACAGUUCAAUAUUGAGGAGGCCUUAAAACAGGGUAGAAUUGACAGAGCAUUAGUUGAUAGAUAUAAGGAAGGUCUCAUCACAGCUAAUGAGUUUGGUGAUAUUUUAGUUAGCAGUUCUCAAACAAAUAAAGACCUAAACAGUCCUAUUGCAGGGUUUUGGCUUUCUGAAACCAAUGAAAGAAUUCCAGUUUUAAAAGCCUCACGCAAAAACUUGGUAGAUAGAAUUACUGCUCUCCGGUGUCUUGAAGCUCAGAUUAGUACAGGAGGCAUAAUUGAUCCAUUUACUGGGAAAAGGUAUAGUAUUUCAGAAGCUUUGCAAAGGGAGUUAAUCGAUGAUGGUUGUGCCAAGCAAAUUGAGCAGUGUGAACUAGUCUUUGCUGGGAUCAGUCACCCUGUAAGGAAGACGGUUGUAUCAGCUGUUGAAGCUGUGAACGUAAAUGCCCUAGACAAAGAAAUGGGUAUUCGCUGCCUGGAGUAUCAGUACUUGACUGGUGGGUUGAUAGAUCCAAAAUCUCAUUCCAGAUUGUCAAUGGAAGAGGCAAUUAAGAGUGAUCUUAUUGAUGCUAUCACAGCUACAAAGAUGAAAGAUGAAAAAUUGUAUGUUAAGUUUAUAACAUGCCCAAAAACAAAAAAGAAGUUAACCUACAAAGAAGCUUUAGAGAGAGCUAUUUUUGACUGCCACACUGGGCUACGAUUAUUAGAAGCUGCUCAGCCCUUGAAAACUGGAAUUUCUAGUCUUUACUACGCUGCGUAAUGGAACAAAGAUAUUAGUACUCA